AUGGAGUUGCCCUAUAAAAAGCGCAACCGGGUGCCGGCGCUGUGCCUGGUGUGUCGCAAGCGCAAAUCUAAAUGUGACCGGGUCAAGCCCAUCUGUGGCCUGUGCAAGAAGAAGUCAAUUUCCCAUCUAUGUUACUACGAAGCGGAUUCUAAAGAACCACUGGGCCACGUUACCUACGUGCAACCACUAACGGAAUUGUCGCCUGCUUCAGCUCCUCCAAAUGGUCCACAAGGCCCUCCAUUACCCAUGCCAAUGCCUCAACCAUCACGCUUAUCUUCAUUUCCUCCUUUUGACCCACAAGGAGUACCCAUACAUCAUCAUCUGCCAGAAAUGCUGAUGAUUUCCCCAGGAGCCCCUUCUAAUGGACCGCAAUUACCACUAGCGCCCCCCACAGUGCAACUGCUGCCACCAGGCACGUUUGGUGUACCGCCACCUCUGGACCUGUUUGUAAUGUCACCAGGAGCUCUGCUGAUUACUCUGGGAAUGCUGAUACCACCGCCAGCAAAAAAUGCAAGCCACCGAAAUCUGGUAACAUCAUCAUAUGUGAACAUUCCCUUGGGACCCUCCACCACGCUCCUGGUCAGCAGCGAGGACGAAAUAACAACCUUCCAGAACGCUCUGUUUUCUUUAAAUACAGAGGGCCCUUGGUGGUCACAACAAGGAAUGUUACUGUACAUCGGCCUCACGAAAAGUGACCCUUUCUUGAAAGUUUUGCGGAAUUAUGCCCUUCAUCUCUUCAAAUCUGGAGAAAUGGCAAAAUUUAUCAAACCAGCUUCCAAAGGAAAACGUCUGCUGGCCUCAGCCCUGCCAACAACAGUGAAAAAGUCUCGUAUCGAUACUGAUGUGGCCCUGGACAAACUGACAUCUCAAAAGCUUCGUUGCGAUCUGCUUGAUCCAGUUCAAGAAGAUCUGCUCGUCAUUCAGCGUAUUGCCAAAGAAGAAACCGAACCAGAGACCGAUGAUGUCGAUGACGAUCAGAUAAAGUUGGACGACGAUGGGCCUAGCACCAUAGCACCCCCACCAAUUGAUCCAUUAUCACAGACAAAGGCACAGUCACCCCAGCAUCCUCGUGCUGAUGCUAAGCUCCCCUCUCUUGACACGAUAUCACUGAUUGCAACACGUGUUGAGGUUUAUCAGUUAAUCAUGCAACAUGUGAUUCAAGUGUUACCCGACAAGCUUAACUUGUUCAUGCUUUACUGUCGUUAUUUUAAGUACGUGCAUGCAUUCAUCCCAAUCCUUGAUGAAAAGCAGUUGUUAAGUGAUGUUGAGGGCUUAUUCAACUCAUUUCCAAACUUCAGUCGCGAGAAAUAUCUGAGCAUUUCAAUAGAGCUGGAUCAUGAUCUUAUUACUUUGGGUCUCUUCCUAGUGGUAAUAAGACUUGGAUACAUGCUGUUGCUUCAUAACGAUAGCCUCGAGUAUAAUGAAGAUGAGAAGAGCAUGAUUCGAUCUAUGCGUCGAAUUAAUCACAGUGCCUAUCUCAAGCUUUUAUUUGCAUGCUUCCAAGAUCAUCUCGUGGGGCUGAGUUCUCUGCUAAAGCUAGUCCAAGGAUUACUGCUUUUGCAUUUUUACCGACUGGUAAUCCCCAGUGAUUGUCUUGGGUUAGGUGCAGCUGAUGGCAAUAAUUUGUUCGGAACUAUUGUGAGGCACGCUAUGAGUAUAGGUCUCAAUCGCGAUCCUACAUUCUAUCUAGCCCACGAUACCAUCAGUAAGCGGCAUUCACUCAUAAAACUGUGGCGAGCAUUGUGGCAUUAUUUGGUUAUUACAGAUUCAAUCAACCUGGUGGGAUGUGGAACAUAUCCUAGUAUACCUGAUUUAAGCAUGAGUGACGUUGAACCUCCCAUAUUCAAAGAUGCUACCGGUAAGGUGAACGAAGUUGCCUUUAUGGUGCGUAAAAUUUCGAACCAUUAUCGGAAGAUCGUUUUAAUGAUUAAUGACGUCACGCAUAAACCAAAAGUGGUCGACGUGCUCCAAGAGACGAAUGCUCUCGAGAAAUUGUUUUUUCAAAUGUUUGGGAAGGACUUCUUUAAGGACGUGAUAUGCAAGCCUGCUCUGUCAGCGGCAGCUGCUCAAGAAGUCGGAACAGCUGAACAUGAAGAAGCAUUUCUCAAAGUCGUUAAGUACAGCAUCUUUGUUCACCUAAGAACAAACCUACUGUGCAUGUAUUAUAUGAUUGCCCUUCACUACGAGAACCAAAGUGGAAAUGAACUGCUGGUAGAAACUGGAUUGGGCCUAUUCAAGAUUUACGUGAAGCUGGUGGUACAAUUAGUUUACAUUAUGCUGUUUGUCUUGGACAACAGUGUUCGUGUCUUUGGAAGAAAUUAUGACUAUUUUCUUACGGCAAAUAAUGAGCGUUGUAUGGUGAAGACACACGCUUUCCUCACUUCGUUUUUUGUUCGGCUUUUGCACCAUCGCAUGGACCUUUCCCUCAAAAUCCCCAAUGAACCAAAAUUUGCACAAAGACUAGAGGUUGUCGACCGCUUCUUCAACGUCGUAAUCAUGGAGCUGGAAUUAUUUAUUGGCUCUUUCCGAGUCUUAUCCAAAAAUUAUUUAUCACUGUGGAAGGUUUUUAUUAUGAGCUCAGUGGUUUUGAAACAAUGCGUUGACAAUCCCACUGCAUUUUUCAAAGGCAUUCAAGACCCGAGAUUCUUUCACCAGGGUAGUAAUACGUUGGAUUUGUUUACCAAUCAAGAGAUUGAGAAGUUGUGCAAUUUAUGUGAAGAGUUCAGAGUUGCCAAAGAGGAAUACGCCAAGUCUCGAGGGAUUGCUGGCAAGGGACUGGUCGCCAAUCGCCGAAAGAAUACUCAAGGCCCUUUCAGCCCUCAAGGAAUCGGACUGGGUCGUAAUCUGGAGACAACCAGCACUACAAGUUUUAGCCCCCUGAUGGCCCAACCUCACGGUGACGAAGUUAAUGUUGAUAUCAGCCAGGUGCUGCUGGUCCUUGACGGCUUCACUCCAAUGAUCAAUGAGCCGUCUUCAUCGGUAGGCGGAAAUGGGUUGCUCAAUUUUAGCAACUUGGGUGGUCUGGUCUUCGAUGACAAUCCGAAUGUUGAUUUAAUGAAGCUUUUCGAGAUGUAUACGGGCAACGAACGUCACGAUGUUUAA